AUGGCGUACAUGUUUGCUAUUUACGAUAAUUUUAUCGAUGAAAGUGACGAAUUUGCGCAUUUUUUGAUUCUUAGACAUUCAGUUGUAUGCCAAAUUCUUAUGCGGUUCUCUGCUAUUUUAAGGAGAAAACAUUUGCCUAGACUUGGUGGUUUCUCUGAAGAAACAAUUCCACAUUUUACAAACGAAGACUUUAAGCUUCAUUUUCGUAUAAGUAAAGGUAUGUUUGAAGAAAUUCUAGCGCGCAUUUCACCACGUUUGGUGACAGUUGAUCAUGGCGGUGGGAUUGCAGAGACACCGCCCUGUAAGCAGCUUCUAAUUUUUUUGAGCUAUAUAGCAAAUCAGGAAUCCAUGAGGGAAGUAAGCCUUUACUUUGAUGUUGGCAUGGCCACUGUUCAUAAGACAAUAAGAAAAGUCAGCAGUACAAUAAAUGAAUGUCUGGGCAGCAUAAUUCAGUGGCCCACUUUUAUGGAACAGCAGACCAUACCAGGAAGGAUUCAAUUGAAAAACACUAUACCAGACACAGUGGGCUUUUUAGACGGGACUCAUAUUCGACUUUCAUCAGGCCCUGGCGGCGAUCCUGACUACAUCAACAGAAAAUCAUUUCCAUCAAUGCAGCUCCAGGUUGUGUGUGAUGAUACUCUUCUGAUUCGUAACAUUUACACAGGCUGGCCGGGUAGCACACACGAUGCCAGGGUUCUGAGAAAUUCUGAAUUAUUCACACAAGCUGAAGCUGGAAAUUUAUUAGACAGAAACAAAAUUAUCCUUGCUGAUAGUGCCUACCCACUGAAAGGGUGGCUUAUUACCCCAUUCAGGGACAAUGGCCGGCUUGGUGCAAACCAAAGACGAUUCAAUCGGAUCUUGUCUUCUGCCAGACAAUCUAUUGAAAGAUGCAUAGGGCAUCUGAAAGGAAUGUUUAGAACAUUGCGUGAAAUACCCUUUCAUAAACCUGAGGAUAUAGUGUCCUUAAUUGUAUCUGGAUGCACUUUGCACAAUCUUUGCAUACUUCAUGAGGAUGAUGUUGAUGACUUCAUUGAAGGAGAUGACAUUGGACAUCCAAACAAUUACCCAAACAUUUUCAGAAAUGACCCAAACGGCAUAAACAGAAGGCUAGCCAUUAUGGCUAGACUUCCUUGAUAAAAUUUACAUCUGACUUUGAUUAAAAUUAACUCUUCAGUCUUUUUUCUUCAGUUUAUUUUGAAUAUGAUAACAAAUUUUCAACAUAGAAAUAAAAGCAAACUAAACAUGGCACCUGAGUUAUUUGACUAGAGUUUAAAAAUAAUAAAAUUAAUAUGUAACAAGAAAACAGUCACUUUAAGAGUAGCUAUUAAACAUCAACAUAUCAAGACCUCAAAAUCUGGCAUCUGCCAUAGAGGUCUCGAGUAUAAAAUUAAAAUGUAAAAGACCAACUGUACAGUCUGCAGUCUCCACUAUCAACUCAAUAAAUUGAAAAGAUAUUGAUACAAUGAAUAAAAAUAUUUCUUAAUUUUUUUUUUAGAUUCCCAUCUUAUUACAUCUUAGU